UGUGACAUCAUGUAUUAGUCUGUGACGGAAGGAAGCAAACGUCCUUUGUCCACCCACCCCAAUGUUCAAAACUCCCUGCCAUGCGUCCGUCCACCCGUCCACCCUUCGCUUCCUCCUUCCUUUCGUGUUGUCACUUGGCGAUUGCGAACCACGUUUCGGCGGCAGCCUGCACCCAUAGCGACGAUUCUACAAAACACAACAAUGUCAAAGAAGAUCCCCCAGUGUUCUUCAGACAUUUUGGAUCAUAAUAAGCCUUCCAACCAUAGUCAGGUGGAAUUCUCAACCAACCUGGCAGUUGAGUGUAGAAAUAAGGCAAAGUCAACCCAGCGAAAUGGGGAUACAUCCUCCUCUCCAGAAAAUGGAAGCCCAAGCGGAACUACAAAGCCAUUUGGAAAAAAGCGCCGCAGCAAGAAAUGUUCAUCUGAAAGUGGGAGUCAUGUCGAUUUGAAGAUUAAUGACAAAGUCAAAAAUAUAGAGAAAUCUGACAAAAACACAAGCCCACCACCUGACCGCGAAGCUGGAAUGAUAGCCCUGCAGUCGGAAUGUGCCAAUGUAUGGUUUCAACGAAGCAUAUACGAGCAAGCAGAGUCUCUCUAUCAGUGCUGGUUGGCAAAAUCAUCCAAGGUAACUGCUCAGCUGAAUGGGUCAGCUCCAACUCCAGAAAACAAAACAUCAUCCAUUAAGGUCUUCAAAAAGAAAGGUACAAGACAAGUUGAUAAUCACAUUAAAGAAUCUAUGCAGCUAACAAUUCCAAACACCCUGGACAAGUCAUCCCAGUCUCUGAGUUUAAUCACACCCACAACUCCUGAUGAAGGCUACCAGUCCCAAGUUCCGACGCCUAUAACUCCUAGCCCUCACCAGAGGGCAGCAACAACAACUGCUCGACAGUCAGUUAAUGGGCUGUCACCCAUUUUAGCAGAGCUCUUUAGUGAUAUAUGGCUGGAGAAGCCACUGUAUGAUCGUGCGGAAGCCACCUUCUAUCAAAAUAUAUACGGCAACAAUUCAUCCAAACAGUCCUCCAGCCCAAGAAGUGGUGAUGUCGCCCAAAGCGUUACAGCAGUAGAAGAGGAAAUAGCGGUGGAGGAAAAACAAGCGGUGCCGCAGGUCAAAGCAGAGGUUUUCCAUGCGCUGCACCCUAUUAAGGAAGAGGAGGAACCAACUGAGACACCCGCUAAACUAGAGAGGCAUGAUCUGGGAGUUGGCUACUUUCUUCACCCUGACAGUGAGCCGGUAUGGCUGGACAAGUGGAGGUACGACGCAGCCGAGAGCCGUUUACAUGGUUACCGUGGAGAUGAAGCAGGGGUGACAAAGAAAGGCUGGAGGCCCAACACAGACACCUCAUCGAUUGUCUUCACAGUCCCACCAAGGGCAAACAACAUGAGCACUGUAAACUUUCUGGCCCAGGAGAGGAUCUGGUUUGAAAAAACUCGCUACGAUGAGGCAGAGAGACGCUUCUUUGAGCGUGUGAACAGCACCUCACAAUCAACACGGGCAGUCGCUGUAAGUAAUGGACUGCAGCCAGCUGCAUGUAAUGCCGGGGCUAACGCUAUCCUUCAAGACAUAGCUCGGGCCAGAGAAAACAUUCAGAAGUCACUUGCGGGUAGCACCUGCAACAGCAGCGCAGGUGAUCAAGAACUUAUUUUGCGAAUCAAGGCCCUGGAGCUGGAGAACAAAAGCUUGAAUAGAGUGGUGGAGGACCUGAGAGCAUCACUUUCUAAGCUUGAAUGUCGAGUAAGAGUUUUGGAGAAAUCCCCUGCAGCUGAAGCUCCAGCUCCCACUCCUUCAGUCCCCUACACAAAUGGAACAACCAUCCAACAGAACAGCCGUCCUGCAGAACAGGAGGUGGAUGAGGACGAUGACGUAGACUUGUUUGGUAGCGACGAUGAUGAAGAGGCAGAGAAACUUAAAGAGCAGAGGUUGAAAGAUUACGCAGAGAGAAAAGCCAAAAAGCCCACAGUCAUCGCAAAGUCAUCCAUCCUAUUGGAUGUCAAACCUUGGGAUGACGAAACAGACAUGGCGAAGCUGGAGGAGUGUGUGCGCUCAGUGCAAGCCGACGGUCUGUUAUGGGGGAUGUCAAAACUGGUUCCUGUGGGUUACGGUAUCAAAAAGCUUCAGAUCUCGUGUGUAGUGGAAGAUGACAAGGUUGGGACGGAUUUGUUGGAAGAAGAGAUCACCAAAUUUGAAGAUUAUGUUCAGAGUGUCGACGUUGCCGCUUUCAACAAGAUUUAAAUUGUCGUCUGAUGCUGUUCAUCACCACGCCUUGUUUUAUUGUCAUUUAAUAAAAGACUUGCACUGAC